CCACCAUAUUCCCAUUAGCCUAAGAUAUCAGCCACACAGAAAGAGGACCCCUGCUCUCACCACCAAAUUAGCUCUAUCCGUACAGUGGCCGUACCCCAGGAUAUUAUCAAGAGACACUCGCUCUGGCUUACUCUUCCCACCUCCUCGACUCCUACUGCUACCGUACUCUCACAACAUACGCAGGCAGAGCAGACACACACUACUGAAGAUGGCUGAGAAGACAAAAUCUAGAGGUCCACUCGGGAGAGUUGUCGUCAUUGGCGGUAACGGCUUUCUAGGUCAUCACAUCGUCAACCAGGCCCUUGAGCAAUGGACAACCACUGCCACUAUCGGCGUCGACUUACGAUGCGAGCGCAAUCGCAAUCCCAAUGCCGAGUACCGAGAAUGCGACAUCACCGACCCCGAGAGGCUUCUCUCUCUGUUCGAGGAGCUCAAGCCCGACGUUGUCAUCCACACAGCCUCUCCUGUUGCUGUCAACCCCAAUAUCGGCCAUGAUGUGUUCAAGAAGGUCAACGUCGAUGGUACACAGGCUGUUGUUGACGCCUGCCAAAAGACGGGUGUUAAGGUUCUUGUGUAUACAAGCUCUGCCAGUGUCAUCAGCGACAACGUUACUGAUCUGCUCAACGCUGACGAGAGGUGGCCUUUGAUUCGUGGGGAGGCGCAGACUGAGUACUAUUCAGAGACCAAGGCACAAGCAGAGGAGAUCGUUCUCAAAGCCAACCGCCAGGAGGGCUGCAAGCUUCUCACUACCUCCAUCCGUCCCGCUGGUAUCUUUGGCGAAGGCGACGUCCAGACUCUUGCAGGCAUUCUCAACGCCUACAAGCGCGGCAAGCACACAAUUCAAGUCGGCGCCAACGAGAACCUCUUCGACUUCACCUAUGUCGGCAACGUCGCCCAUGCCCACCUCCUCGCUGCGCAGCUCCUCCUCGCCACCGCUGCCUCCCCCACCAUCCCCCUUGAUCACGAGCGCGUCGACGGCGAAGCUUUCUUCAUUACAAACGACACACCUGUUUACUUCUGGGACUUUGCCCGUGCCAUCUGGCGUGCCGCCGGUUAUGAAAAGGGCACAGAAGGCAAUUGGGGUCUCAACCGCGAGGUCGGCAUCGCCAUCGGCUAUGUCAGCGAGGUUCUCGCCAACAUUCUCGGAAAGACCCCUACACUCACUCGCAAGUCUAUCAUCAUGAGCUGCAUGACCCGUUACUACAACAUCAACAAGGCCAAGCGUGCUCUGCGCUACCAGCCUGUCUGGUCCUUGAAGGAGGGCAUCGAUCGUGGCGUGAACUGGUUCCUUGAGCAGGACAAGGCGGCUGCUGCCGCUGCCGCUGCCAAGGCGUAAUCUUACUAGUAAUGAGGGAAACGAUCAAGAGGGUGCUCCUAUCUAAAGAAAGAGCGAGGCGAAUGUGGUAAAAACUUCAUAUCCGGCCACGAACAGCAUAUUUUGGCCUAAAUAUUCAAUAUGUGAAAUCUUUAAUUAUCGUUUAGUCUACGAAGAUUCAGCUUCAAGUACAUUUUUAAUCUCGCCCAACAAGACACAUCGGCGUGACAUGAUCCAAGUAGCCGAACGGUCAGUUGGAAUAUGGUGUCUUGUAAACAUCAGCGCCAGAUCCCAC